AUGACGACCAUCACCGGAUAUGCGAUCUUGGCUAUCUUUUCAAGUUUACUGUUAAGACUGCUCCGCGCCAUUUUGCUUCCGCCAUCUUCCUUCCCCAAGGGCAUUCCAGUCGUACCUAUAUGGGUAUCAACAUUGGGAUUCGUUACGCGGAUGGGUCAGGAUGAGAUCUAUAAAGAUUACAUAGCUCCGCGUAUGAGGAAGGAAGGCGUCGUCGCGAUCUGGUUUGGUGGACGAUGGAGUCUCCUAACCGGCUCCGUCGACAUGGCUGGCGAAGUGUACACGCGUACAGACGAUUUUGUCAAGUCGGGCAAUAACGAAAAGAUACCACAUUCGGUCCUUGCAUACUUCCUAGGUGAGAACAUCAUAUCCGCGCGCGGCGAGAACUGGCGCCGCUUCCGCGGGAUAUUGGCUCCUGGGUUCCGCACCCAUUGGAGACCGUCAAUGUUCAAGAACUGCGUAAGAGAUCUCUGCAGAAUCAUAGACGCUCAAUCAUAUGAUCAUGUGCGGGUUAACAAUUUGGUGCAGAGGCUUGCAAUGGACUGCAUAGGCCACGCUGCUUUUGGCCAAGGAUUCCAGGCUCUCGAGAACCCAAACGCACCUAUAUCUGUCGCGCACACCAUCUUAAAGAAGAGUAUCUUCAAGCCCCUCUACCUUUUCUUCCCAAUCCUCGACGCAUUGCCCAUCAAAAGCCGCCAGGAAGCACGCGACAAGAUCGACGCCAUGGAGCAGUUGUUGCGGGGUGCUGCGAAGAUGCUCGAUGACGCUCAUGAAGAUCAAAAUUGCAACAGGGGCCCACCUCUGAUACAGCGGCUGACCGUGGCACAUAGGAACGGAGUUUUGACAGAUGAGGACUUUCGCAAUAAUUUGAUGGUCAUCUUUGUUGCCGGCCACGAGAACGUACAACAAGGACUGACAUCGCUCCUUUAUCUACUGGCCAAGCAUCCGGACAUCCAACGAAAGGCGCGACAGGAAGUACACGCCAAAGUCGUAUCUCUCUCGGAACUCACCGACUCUACUCAUCUCCCGCCCUUCUCCUACCUCACCAAAGUAAUCAAGGAAGCCUUGCGUAUGUACCCACCCAUCCCAAUGCUUAUCAAUCGUCGUACCCUUCGCCCCACGCUCCUCGGGGGCAAAUUUUGGAUUCCAGAAAGCACCUAUGUCGGCUGGCACGCUUUUGGCGUUCAUCGCGACGCCAAGCAUUGGGAAGAUCCCGAGCGGUUUGACCCUGAGCGCUUUUCGGACGUUAGCAUGGACAGGUUUGCCUGGGUUCCGUUCGCGGAAGGCGGAAGGAAAUGCCUAGGCAUGAAGCUAGCUCUCACUGUUAUGCAUACUAUCACCGCUGCGAUUCUCUUCCGAUAUGAGAUCUUCCUGGACCCGAACAUCCAGGUCAAGAUGACGCCUGGAGGCCUUUUAACACCUGUGGACCUCCGCUUGGAGUUCAAGCUGUACAAUACAUAA